CGUCUCAUUCACAAGCACGAGCAGUAUAUAAACGCUUUUCAAAUCGCUCAGAGGCAGAACAACUCACUGUAAAGUUGUAUAUACUUAACUUUUAAUUAAAGAAGAACCAAAACUACCGGAUACUCUUAAAAAGAGGACCAACUUCGAUAGUCUUAAAACUUAAAGCGGUUUUUUUUUCCUUUUCAUUGAACAAACUAACCGAACAAAGGACUCGCGGCUUCAAACAUUACUUUAGGGGAAAUACUUGGUUUCCCCGAACAGCCUAAACGUCUUUUUUUCCCGGCCGUACCAGCUUUAUGUAUUUGGAUUUAUUAUAUCUGUCCCGCCGUCCUACUAUGGUCAUAAUGGAGGUUCCCACCAUCGACUGUGAGUCCCUGCGUUGCUUGUUGGAGGACGACGUGCCGGGCUGCCUGGUGCUGGACUGCCGCUCCUUCCUGUCCUUCAACUCGUCCCACAUCUCGAGCUCCACCAACGUGCGCUUCAGCACCAUAGUGCGCAGGAGAGCCAGGGGGGGUCUGGGCCUGGAGCACAUUGUCCCCAACGAGGACACAAGGAACCGACUCCUGUCCGGGGAGUACCAGUCUGUCGUGCUGCUGGACGACCGCAGUUUGGACUUAAGCCAGGCGAAGAAGGACGGGACAUUGAUGCUCGCUGUUACGGCCCUGUGUCGUGACCCCUGCGGAGCCAGGGUUUUUAUUCUCAAAGGUGGUUUUGAGACAUUUUCCACAGAGUAUCCAGAGACCUGUACCAAACCCUCCCUUCCACAAGGGCUCAGUUUGCCCCUGAGCUCUGGCCAUCCUGGGAGUGCAGACCCCAGCUGUAGUCCAUGCAAUACUCCUUUAUAUGACCAGGGGGGUCCUGUGGAGAUCUUGCCUUUCCUCUACCUUGGCAGUGCUUACCAUGCUUCAAGAAAAGACAUGCUGGACAUGUUGGGGAUCACCGCUCUGAUCAACGUCUCUGCCAACUGUCCCAACCACUUUGUGGACUCCUUCCUCUACAAGAGCAUCCCAGUUGAGGACAACCACAAAGCCGAUAUUAGCUCCUGGUUCAACGAGGCAAUCGAGUUUAUUGACUCGGUGAGAAAUAAAGGAGGCCGUGUGUUCGUGCACUGUCAAGCAGGCAUCUCCCGCUCCGCCACCAUUUGCCUUGCCUACCUCAUGCGGACCAACCGUGUUAAGCUGGACGAGGCCUUCGAGUUUGUCAAGCAGCGCCGCAGCAUCAUCUCCCCCAACUUCAGCUUCAUGGGUCAGCUCCUCCAGUUUGAGUCCCAGGUCCUGGCCUCGUCUACCUGCUCCUCAGAGGCGGGCAGUCCUGCAAUCGGAAACAACAGCACAGUCUUCAAUUUCCCGGUCUCGAUCCCUGUACACUCCUCAGCUGGUCAGCUGUCAUUCCUCCACAGUCCCAUCACCACCUCUCCCAGCUGCUGAGGAAGGUGUGUGGAGCACAGACUUUGUUUGGACUUGAACUGUAACUCACAAGUGCCUCUGCUAAGACCACUGCCCAAAACACGUGCCUGAUCGUAAUCCAUUUUAUUGUGAUACUGGUAUCACUGGACAGAAUGGGAUCUAGUACUUGGGGUCAGUUCAUUUGACUCUGCAGUCUGCUGGCCUAAUCUCUGUAGGUUGGCCUCAUCAUGUCUAAAGGAGAUUAGACUACCAUACAUACGUAUACAUGUUGUGCCUCCUAAAUGUGAAAGUCACCCGCAUGUUUUGAAUCCUAGAUUACUUGGGAAAUGGCUGAACGGGUAGUUGAUAUUAUUCCCCGAGAGGAAGUUGGAACUAUCUGAAUAUUCUUUAUUCAACAGAACGAUUUAAAAUUGUUUUUAUUUUAAUUUUUUAUUCAGGCAAAUGCUUUUGAUAAUCGUAAUCAUUUUUGUAGCAAACGAAAUGGAGAAGGCGAACAGUUGUCUCAGGAAUGUAUCCUCUCAAAUGUCAAUGUUGCUUUCUGUACUGGUUAAAGAAAGUCGUGUCAACCCAUUGCCCAACACGGCAUGGAAGUUACUCCUUCAUUUGACGAGCAAUGAAUGUCACUGAAAUGUCUUUUCAGUGUAGAUGUGGCAGGAAUCUUCAUGUUCAGCUUGAGAGUUGAAUUGGUUGCCAAUUCAAAUGCAAAUACCUGCCUUUCAAGUCAUCCUGACGCAUGGGGAAAUGGACCAUUAAAUACCUCAUGUUUCUGUACUGUGUAUUGCAGCGCUGAGGCGGACAGAACCCCAAAACUACUAAAAAGGGGAUGUGUAGUCCUCAGUGCCUGCAUUCUGACAUAUAUAUUUAUUGAACUAAAGUAAUAUAUUUCUCUAUCAUAUCUAUUUUUGCAUAUGUUUGUUGAAAUGUUGUUUUUAUACGUUUAAUAAAUCUCAUCUGACUUUUGUA